AUGGGCACCGCGUCCUCUCUGGUCAGCCCUGGAGAGGUGAUAGAGGAUGGGUAUGGGGGUGAAGGUGGGGAAGCCUGUGAGAUCCCGGUGGAGGUGAAACCCAAAGCCCGACUCCUGCGCAGCUCCUUUCGCAGAGGACCUCGGGUGAUAGGGGCCAGUUUCAAGUCGACAGGCUCUGUAGAUCUGGAGUACGCUGCAGAGUAUGAAAGGCUGCGUAAAGAGUAUGAAAUAUUCCGUGUCAGCAAGAAUAACGAGAUAUCAUCCAUGCAAAAGAAGGAGGCCAAGCUGGACGAGGAGAACAAGAGGCUGAGAGCUGAGCUGCAGGCUCUGCAGAAGACCUACCAGAAGAUCCUUAGGGAAAAGGAAAGUGCUCUUGAGGCAAAGUACCAAGCUAUGGAGAGGGCUGCCACCUUUGAACAUGACAGGGACAAAGUAAAACGACAGUUUAAGAUUUUCCGGGAGACAAAAGAAAAGGAGAUUCAGGAUCUCCUGCGGGCCAAGAGGGACUUGGAGGCCAAAAUGCAACAGCUGCAGGCUCAGGGGAUCCAGGUGUAUGACCCAAAUGACUCUGACUCAGAUGACAACCAAACCACUGUCACUGCUGCAGGGACGCAGUGUGAAUACUGGUCUGGUGGUGUGUUGGGCAGUGAGCCCUCUAUGGGUAGCAUGAUGCAGCUGCAACAGACUUUCCGGGGGCCGGAGUUUGCACACAGUUUGAUAGAUGUGGAGGGACCCUUUGCAAAUGUGAGCAGAGAUGACUGGGAUGCUGCAGUAGCCAGUCUGCUUCAGGUCUCCCCUCAUGUGCCCCAGGCCUUAUGGAGUAACACAGUGCGGUGCUACUUGAUCUUUACCCAGGAGACCAAAGCUGAGCUUGACAUCUUUAUUAAGAAACACUCUCCUGUGUUACGCAGAAUGUGUGAGGGUCUCGGCCAUUUUUACCUUAAUGUCUGCUUCCAAGAGGAAAGUGCUGCCUCAUACGCUGUGGAGCGCAAACAGGAGAUUGAAAGGAGCUCUGUUUGUGUGCUUCUUCUCAAAUCUACUGUCACUAGCUCUGUGGUGGAGGAUAGUGAGGAGGCUUUUGUGAAGAAUCCAGAUGGCCAUCCAUUGGUGCUCUACCUCAGGACUGAAGAAGAUCACAAUUUGACUGGACCCACCAGGCAACUGCUGGAGAGGGUCAACGCUGCAGACAAGGCUGCCAAAAUCAAGGUGGUGGAUCACUGUGGUUCUGCAGAGGAGGGUGCCGACCUGAUUAAUGCUCAGCUAGAGAAAGUCAUCAAACAGGAGUUGCUGGGCCUGGAAGGAGUGGAUGUUGACUCUAAGGACUCUGGGAUAGAGGAGGGACGUGAGGAAGACUCAGCAGAUGUGCUAUGGGACCUGCAUGAUGAGCAGGAACAGAUCGAGUCCUACCAGCAAGCCUGUAACAGCUCCACCUCCCAGUUAGGCUUUCAGAAGUACAUAGAUCGUUUGAAUGACAUGAUAGCUGCUCCCCCUCCCACCCCUCCUCUACUAGUGUCUGGUGGUCCAGGCUCAGGGAAGUCUCUCCUGCUGUCUAAAUGGAUCGAGCAGCAGCAGAAGCAGUCCCCCAACACACUGUUCCUUUAUCAUUUUGUCGGUCGCCCACUUUCCACAAGCUCGGAGCCAGUUCUGAUAAUCAAACGCCUCACAGUCAAACUGCUGCAGCACUUCUGGUCCAUUUCUGGCUUGUCCAUGGAGCCCAGUAAAAUAUUGGAGGAGUUUCCCCGCUGGCUUGAACGACUGUCAGCACGGCACCAAGGAAACAUCAUCAUCAUCAUCGACUCCAUUGACCAGAUACAGCAAGCAGAAAGACACAUGAAGUGGCUUAUUGACCCUCUCCCUGUCAAUGUCAGAGUGGUGGUGUCUGUGAAUGUAGAGACGUGUCCUCAAGCUUGGAGGUUGUGGCCCACCCUCCACUUAGACCCACUGAGUCCUAGAGAGGUCAGGAGCGUUGUUAAUGCAGAGUGCCAGAACAUGGGUAUCAAGUUUACCAAGGACCAGGAGAAGAAGCUGGAAAGGCACUGUCGCUCUGCAUCCACGUGCAAUGCACUGUAUGUCACACUACUUGCAAGGAUGAUCAUCAGUAUAUCAAGCGGAUCACUGGAGAAGAGCCUCGACCAGUGUCUACAGUGUCAGGACACCAUGUCACUUUAUCGCCAGGCGCUCAAGAUGACGCUGAACUCCCUCAAUACAGACAGAGAGAGACACAUUAUGAGAGAGAUACUGUGCCUUGUGUGUGCCAGCCAUAAUGGAGUGAGUGAAUCAGAGGUACUAGACCUUUUACCAGAAGUGGAGUUGCCCGUCCUGUCAUCUCUGCUUUACCGUUUGAACAGACUCUGCAUUGUAACCCUCCGCUGUGGUCUCAUCAGGUUUCAACACCUGCAGGCUUGGGAAGCUGUGACGUUGGAGUUCCUGGGUGGAGGAUGCAGCUCUGCCACUUACAGAGACAAACUCAUAAAUUACUUCAGUCAGCAACUCAGCCAGGACCGUGUGACUUGGCGUGUGGCUGACGAGCUGCCCUGGCUGCUCCAGCAGCAGGAGGACAGGACUAAACUACAGCUUAGCCUCCUGAACCUGUUUGUCUCCCAAAACCUCUACAAGAGGGGUCAUUUCUCUGAGCUGCUAGCCUAUUGGCAAUAUGUGGGCAAAGACAAAAGCUCCAUGGCCACUGAGUACUUUGACUCCUUGAAACACUAUGAGAAGAGCUGUGAGAGUGAAGACAGCAUGACCAAGCUUGCAAAUCUCUAUGAGACACUGGGACGUUUCCUCAAAGACCUUGGCCUCCCUAGUCAGGCCGUAGCUCCUUUACAAAGGUCCCUUGAGAUUAGGGAGACAGCACUGGACCCGGACCAUCCCAGCGUGGCUCGCUCCCUCCACCAGCUGGCCGGGGUUUAUGUACAGUGGAAGAAGUACGGCAACGCUGAGCAGCUGUACAAGCAGGCCUUGGAGAUAAGUGAGAACGCCUACGGAGCUGAGCAUGCCAGCGUGGCACGAGAGCUGGAGUCACUCGCCAUGCUCUAUCAGAAACAAAACAAGUAUGAACAAGCAGAGAAACUCAGGAAGAGGUCAGUGAAGAUCCGCCAGAAGACCGCUCGCCAGAAAGGUCAUAUGUACGGCUUCACUUUGUUGAGGCGCAGAGCCCUGCAGCUGGAGGAGCUGACUCUAGGAAAAGACACUGCAGACUCUGCCAAGACACUUAAUGAACUGGGCGUCCUGUACUACCUCCAAAACAACCUGGAUGCAGCAAAAGUUUUCCUGACCCGUUCUCUGGAGAUGCGUCAGCGUGUCCUCGGUCCAGAUCACCCAGACUGCGCUCAGUCCCUCAACAACCUGGCCGCACUCCACACAGAGAGGAGGGAGUAUGAAACGGCUGAGGACAUGUACGAGAGGGCGCUAGACAUCCGCAAAAGGGCCUUGUCCCCAGACCAUCCGUCGCUGGCGUACACACUCAAACACCUGGCCAUGCUCUAUAAACGCAGAGGGAAGCUUGAAAAGGCUGUGCCGCUGUAUGAGCUGUCUCUGGAAAUCAGGGAGAAAAGUUUUGGGCCCAAACACCCCAGUGUUGCCACAGCACUGGUCAACCUGGCUGUGAUCUACUGCCAACUAAAAAAGCACAGUGAUGCCUUGCCUCUUUAUGAACAAGCACUGAAGGUGUAUGAGGAUAGUUUGGGGCGCUCACACCCACGAGUCGGAGAGACCCUAAAAAACCUGGCUGUGUUGAGCUACGAAGAGGGUGACUUCGAGAAGGCCGCAGAGCUUUACAAACGUGCGAUGGAGAUAAAGGAGGCAGAGCCGUCGUUGGUAUGUGGAAACGCCCCGUCUCGCCACUCUUCCAGUGGGGACACAUUCAGUCUGAGGGGACCUGCUCCCCUCCCACAUGCCCCAAGGUGACUCCGUUCAGCCACAUAAAAGCUGUUUUGACAGCUUGAGGUACCAUAGAGUAAGAAAAACAUUGGACCUAAUGAUUUUAUAAAAAAGGGAACUAUCCUGGUCAUCAAACUGUGAUUGUUGUCAAUGGAGAUUUAAAGGGUUUGGUCAAAAAAAUACUGUACCUGCCAGGAUGAUUAUGAAGUCUGCCAUAUAGUCUGUGAAAUCUGUCUAACCCUAACCCUAUUUGCCAAAAGUAUUUAUUGUUUUUAACAUAAUCAUGUGUCAAAGGACUCAGGUUUACACUUCUUUUAAUUCAGACACUUAAUUCCUAUUCCUAUUAAAUGCCUCAAAAUAUAGAUCUUUAAAAUAGGAAUGGAAUUUCAUGUGGGUUAAACCCAUAAAACAGGACUCAUUAUCAUAUUAUCUAUGCACUUUCCUUUUUGGUGAACUUGGGAUGCAGGUUACAAGUAUGAUUUCUGAAGAACCCAUAAGAUCUGUACAUUACUGGUGCUCUGAAUAAAGCCUUUUCAAGAGCUACUAUCUCUAAAAUUUCUAAAAAAAUAGGUACACUUAUAUGCUGUUAAAGGUGCACUUUGUAGUUUUGGGGAAGAAAAUGUAAUCCAAAGAUCUUCAUUCACUUCUUUAAAACUAAAUUUUAAAAAUUCUUUUUUUAAAUGUGUUUUCCAAAACUACAUAGUGCCCCUUUAACAUACCAUUCAUGUUUACAUUAUGCAGUUUUUACCUUCCAGUAUUAAGUACAUAAUCCAAAAGGAGAUGUCGAACCUGACAGAUUUGUCCAAAAACAAGCAAAUCUCAGAAAAAAAUCACCUGGGAUACUAAUUUCAUGCUGUGCUUAUGCAAAACUUUAUGUCCAUUUAUUUAUUCAUUUACAAACAGGAGUUAAAGGGAUUUACCAAAACAAUCAUGGUGCCACAUGAGUGUCCAGGUUAAAGUACAAUUUAUCAUCUGAAUGACUUAUUGUCUACAUAAUUCCAAAAGGGACACCAAAACCUUGUUUCAUUGCCAAAUAUAAUGCAAAACAAUGUAUCUUAAUGUUUUUAUAUAUUCAUGUAUCAAUGUAAAAUGUAAAAUCUGUACAGGACAACAACAAAAAAUCACAUCCAAUAUGUUGAUAAGAUUGUAUCCCAUCAAAUAAAUACUUUAUUGAGACAACUUAAA